AAGUUGUCUAUUUACUCUUUUCUCCUCUAAUGGUUUUUUUCAUUCUCCCAUCUCUCUCUACUGUUAAACUUCUCCCACAAACAGUUUCUCUCUUUACUCUCUCGCCAUGGGCAACAAUUGCUGCUCUGCAAAUUGUUCCUCAGAAAACGAAAUUGCAACGGAUUUGGGGCGUCUUGAAGAAAUUGUGCAAGAUAUUACUCAUCUGGACCUCUUAAUCUCCAUUGUGGACCAAAGUCUUCAAUCAAUCCCCUCUAAAAAUAACAGAGAUCAACAGAAAACGUCUACAAAGCAAGUGGGUAAUUCCUCUGAGUUUGGUUCCUACACAAACUUCGGCAAGGAUUUAGUGGUUAAGAUGUUGAAGAGUGAUUUGGUGGUGACGAUGAUGAAGCGUGCAGACAGAAAUCGUGUAAUGGUGGGCUCCAAACCUGGUUAUGAUCGUGAAACUCGGAAAGUGGUUUCUGAGGUUUUGAAAGGCGCUUCCCAGAUUCAGCAGUUGGCAGCAGGGGUAUGCGUGGUGGGAUAUUUGAUCGAUGAAAUAGAACAGCUUUCUGAUAAUAGAAACCAUUGUGUUCAGCUGUUGAGAUGCUUAUGUGCUCUGGCAAGGCGUGUGAAGCAAUUGGAUAGCCAUAUCCCUGCUGAAAGACACAAGCUUGAUGAAGCAGUUAACCUUAUUUUUGGCGGCUGUGUUCUAUGCCUCACACAAAUGGAAUCUCAGAGGCUGUACAGGCUUUUCCAAGCCUCGGUGGAUGCUGGGGAUCUUCAAAAGCUCGAGUCACAGAUAAGAAAUACCUAUACAGAUUUCACCCUUGGGGCUGUGGAUGGUGUUUUGGACAACACUCCUUUCUUUCUUCCUCCAACACAGGGACAAGAUCCUCAACCAGUUGGGAGAGAAUUGGCAAAAGACAGAGUGAUUAGGCUUCUGAAGAUGGAUCCAACUGAUGAUUCAAAGAGAGCUGUUGUAAUUUACGGGUUUGGAGGAAUUGGGAAAACAACAUUAGCAUCGUCUGUGCUCAAGACUCUGGACCUUAAGGCUUACAAAUAUUGCAGAGUCGACAUGGAUGAGAACUGUUCCAACGAUGAUAUCAAGCAGCUUCAGGAGCAGAUGUUGCAGGAGUUGUUUGGGCAAAGGAACGUAGUAUUGAACAGUUAUGUGCAAGGUCAGAAGCAAUUAACAGAGGCUUUUAAAGAAGAGGGUGGUCGUGUAUUCAUGUUUAUUGACAAUGCCCUCGAAUCAAACAACCUCGCUAAGCUUUUGCCAACUGAUUUGUCCUGCCUUCCCAGUGGGAUGAGGAUUCUCCUAACAACCAGAAAGCUUGAUCAGACUGACAUGCUUUCACAAACAGGUUUUCUGCGCAUUCCAUAUGAAGUAGACUUGCUUUCCCCCUCAGAAUCGAAAAAGCUUUUAAGUACAAUAGCUCUAGGCAGUGCCAAUGCAUCACUUCCCACAGGCAUAGAGAAUACAGAUGUGGAGGAAAUUGUGAAUAUGUGCGGUGGGAUUCCUUUAGUUAUAGAACUAAUUGGGCACAAAUUUAAAAAGCAUCUUUCCAGGGCCUCUGAAGUUAAGUCUCUCAAGGAAUUCUUCAUGGAAUCUGUAGCAGUUAGUGGAGAUGUUGGACGUGUGGUGGAUGAAGUAUAUAAAAGUUUGGACGAUCUUUCUAAGGAGGCCUUUUUAGACAUUGUUUGCUUUUUUGAUAAAAGGCCAACAAAAGAAGUCAGUGUGGCUGUUGGUAAGGUCCAACUUAAAGUGCUUCAGGAUGCUGCACUUGUAAAACUCUGUAUUGAUGAUGAUGAUAAACAAGUCCAUUCCUUUCUGUGGGGAACUGAGGAGGAAACACCCCAGUUUUAUCUGGAGAGGCAUAGGAGGGUAAAAGUUCAUGAUAUGAUAAAGGCAAGAGGAAGAUGGUUGUCCCAACAAGAUAGAAUUUUGGAGCUCAAAUCUUUGCAGGAUGCUCUACAAGAUGGGCAGUUGCAGAAUAUAAAGGGGAUUGGAAUUUCAGGCUCUGCAGUUAGUGAUGAGUUUGAAAUUAAAGCAGAAAGCCUGAAUCUCAUGCACUCUUCUUUGAGAGUUUUGAGACUCCCAAAAUCUAUUAAGGUGAAUGGGAUAUGCCACUACAGUUUUGAAAGUCUAAAGUACUUAGAGAUUCAGGGGAAUUUGCCUAUACAUCCCAAACAACUCAAAGGACUGUCCGUUUUAAAGGGGGCAGAUAGUGAGAAUGUUGAUGAGCUGCCAGCAUCUUUACAUUUCUUAUCUUUGAGAAAUUCUGCAAAGAUUCCUGCAUUGCUUCAAAGUUUUGACAACCUAUCUUCUCUGGAGUACUUAGACUUAGAAGGCUGCAAUGCACUGGUGAAGGUUCCAACAAGCUUUGGCCUGUUACAGUCUCUAACUGAACUGGACCUGAGUACAUGUAGUAAUCUCACUGCACUUCCUCAGAACAUUGAAAACCUAUCUGCUUUGCAAUUUUUGAAUCUAUCCCAUUGCCAUAAAUUGGGCAGCCUUCCACCCACCUUCGGACAACUCAAAUCAUUACUGUUUUUAAAUAUGGCGGAAUGUAGGGCAUUUACCCUUUUGCCAGACAGCUUUGGCAACCUAUCCUCUUUGCAAUUUUUGUCUUUAGCUGAAUGUAAAGAACUGGUUGCAUUACCCAAGAACUUUGGCAAUCUAUGUGGUUUGAAGCUUCUGAAUUUGAGUGGCUGUUCAAACUUAGAGAGCCUUCCAGAAUCAUUUGGGCAGCUGACUUGUUUGAAAUCAUUGUUUAUGGAUACAUGUGAGUACCUGAAAAGCCUUCCUGAUAAUUUUGGAGAGCUCAAAUCUUUGAAAUUUCUCACCAUCAAAGCUUGCAACAACUUGAAGACGCUCAAUGGUGGGUUCAGAUACUUAAGUUCACUUAUGGCAUUGAGGGCAUCAGAUUGUGAAUCACUGGACGAAGAGGCAGUGGACAUCUUAGUCGAGAUAAAAAGUUUACUGUUCCUAGAAAUGGAUGGAUCACCGUCACUGAUUCAGAGGUGGGAACAAAUAGGGCAGAGCUACCCUUUGAUUGUGUCUGGCAUUGGGAUUGAUGAUGACUAUGAGUUCCUGCACACUGUUGAGCAUACACUAUUUCAUGGUGGAAGCAGAUUUGUGGGUGUGGAGGGUGAUAGUGAACAAUUGAUAGACUGGUCUUGGUCUAGGUUUGCAGGGGAAGAAGAAGAAGAAGUGGAAGUGAGUGUGUUGCUGACAAUGUGCGAUCUAUCUUUAGAUUGCAAUAACAAUGCUUUACAAGUAGUGAGGAAGGAACUAGAAAGGAGGAUGGAGGAAAACCAUGGUAGGCGAAAGUUCCAGAUUGUGUAUGUGGAGGCAGGGGAUUCAUUGGACAAGAGUGAACAGCACAUCCGCCAAACUGUCCUGAAGCUUUUACCCAGCUGCACGUGUGCCUGCAUGCCGACUGACAAUAGAACAAGGCAACUAUUUGCAUUUGCUCUCUAUAGUCUACUCGAACCUGAGUCGAGGUACGCAAUCCAGGGUUUACAUACAUGUAUUUUUCGGUUAAGAGUGGAGAUGCAGAGAGAUCGCAAAUGGGUGGACUUUCAAAGUGGAUGUUUUCCAAAUGAUUACAAAGAGGCAUUGAGAGAUCAGGAAGGUGGGUUCGAGAGAUUGUUUUCCACUUUAGAUUUAAUCUAUAAAUAGUGUAAUCUACAACUGGGCUAAAAGAUAUGGUUUAACUUCAUAGGUUCUGAUCUACUAGCUGAUGGCUUAAAGCAUAUACAUUAAGCUUUGAUUUCUAGGCUUAAAAGUGUUAAAUAGAGUUGAUUGACAUUCUGUAGGCUUAAUAUGUUGCUUAGUGUGCGGUUUAUGCUAGCAGUGGCUGUCCAUUAACUCUAGACAUGCAAACUUGUACUGAUUGCAUUUGAAGGAAUCAAGAAGAUGUAUUGACCCAAGAAAAAUGAAUUUAUAAUUUUAAA